AUGGCCCAUGAAAGCACGAUACGUACCAAGUCGAUCUCAGCCGACCACGACAAGGAAAAUAUACCACCAACAAAAGCUGGCAGACUCAGUGCCAUUUCACCAGCAGCUCUUGAUCGUCUUAUCAAACCAUUCAAAUGCCCCGGCUCGGCCAAUUCCCGCAAGUCAAAUGGCGAGCCCGCCAGAAAGAGAAGAAAAGUCAACUAUGCUGAAGUGGACGGCGGGGUUGAAGAUACAAGUGGUGGUUUCAAACUGGAUGAAGAUUCUGCUGUCCUCAAAGAUCGAUUCCCAGUCUUCAAGGUCAAGGAUAAGGAGACGACAUUCCGGUCGCGGUUCUCCAUUCCCUUGAUCAACAAGAAUGCUUUCGACCCGUCAAGGCCAGCACCAAGUCUGGGAAUGCGCCGAGGAAAUGGCUUUGUUAACAAACCUCUACAUGAUCCUAGUGGAGAAUUUGCGAUCGUUUUAUACGAUCCAACCAUAGACGAGAAGGCUGAAGAGAAAGCCGAAGACAAGAAAGACGAAGAGAAGCCCAAGCUGGACACACCUCUCAUGCACAAAAGCCUGGCCGAAAUACUGGGUAUCAAGAAACAAGUCGAAGGCGAGAGACCCAAAGUGCCGGUGGUCAUCGAUCCAAGGCUAGCCAAAGUGCUUCGGCCUCAUCAGGUAGAGGGUGUCAAAUUCUUGUAUAGGUGUACAACAGGGCUGGUGGACGAGAAGGCCAAAGGUUGCAUCAUGGCCGACGAAAUGGGGUUGGGCAAGACUCUACAAUGCAUCACCCUCAUGUGGACAUUACUCAAACAAUCUCCCGAGGCCGGCAAAUCCACGAUCCAGAAAUGUGUCAUUGCAUGCCCCGCCAGUUUGGUCAAGAAUUGGGCAAAUGAGCUUGUCAAAUGGCUGGGUGAGGGCGCCAUCAACCCCUUCGCCAUUGAUGGAAAGGCAUCUAAAGAAGAGCUCACGAUGCAGCUGAAACAAUGGGCAAUGGCCACGGGCAGAGGUAUUGCAAGGCCUGUUCUGAUCGUGUCCUAUGAAUCUCUGAGGCUGAACAUUGAGGAGCUCAAAGAUAUCAAGAUCGGGUUGAUGCUGUGUGAUGAAGGACAUCGCUUGAAGAAUGCCGAAAGCGAAACAUAUAUGGCAUUGACCGGAUUGAAUGUUGACCGACGGGUCAUUCUGUCAGGGACACCCAUCCAGAAUGAUCUCACCGAGUAUUACGCCUUGCUGGACUUUGCAAAUCCGGGGUACCUAGGAACCAAGGCAGACUUCCGCAAGAAGUUUGAAUUGCCAAUUCUUCGCGGCCGUGAUGCUGCGGGAUCAGAUGCUGACAAGCAAAAGGGUGAACAAGCCAACGCCGAGCUUGGAUCUCUCGUGAAGAAACUCAUCAUCCGAAGAACGAACGACAUCCUGUCCAAAUACUUGCCUGUCAAGUAUGAGCAUGUGGUGUUCUGCAAUCUUGCCCCGUUCCAGAAGGAUCUUUACAAUUACUUCAUUCAAAGCCCCGACAUCAAGAGUCUGUUGCGGGGCAAGGGUAGCCAGCCACUGAAAGCGAUCGGGAUCCUAAAGAAGUUAUGCAACCAUCCCGAUCUCUUGGACCUUGAGAAAGAUCUGCCCGGAAGUGAGAAGUAUUGGCCUGACGACUAUGUCCCCAAAGAAGCCCGCGGUCGGGAUCGGGAUGUCAGAUCGUGGCACUCUGGCAAAUUUGCCGUUCUCGAACGUAUGCUUGCUCGAAUCCGUCAAGACACGAACGACAAAAUUGUGCUUAUCAGCAACUAUACUCAGACCUUGGAUGUUUUUGAGAAGCUUUGCCGUGCGCGGAGUUACGGAUGUCUUCGACUCGACGGCACGAUGAACGUCAACAAACGACAGAAACUCGUGGACAAAUUCAACGACCCGAACGGCGAAGAAUUCGUCUUCUUGUUGAGCAGUAAGGCGGGUGGUUGUGGUAUCAACUUAAUUGGUGCCAACCGUCUUGUCCUGUUCGAUCCCGAUUGGAAUCCGGCUGCAGACCAGCAGGCUCUUGCCCGAGUGUGGCGUGAUGGUCAGAAGAAAGACUGCUUUGUAUACAGAUUCAUGGGAACAGGCACGAUCGAAGAAAAGAUCUUCCAGCGCCAAUCACAUAAGCAGGCACUUUCUUCAACCGUGGUGGACUCCGCGGAAGAUGUGGAGCGGCAUUUUACUCUCGACUCUCUCCGAGAGCUCUUCCAGUUCAAACCGGACACCACCAGCGACACCCAUGACACGUUUAAGUGCAAACGGUGCAAACCGGAUGGGACGCAACAAACCAAGGCGCCAGCGAUGCUUUACGGUGACACGAGCUCUUGGAACCAUUUUGUCAACUCUGGGGACACGGGGCCGCUCGGCAAAAUCCAGGAUCUCCUCCUCCGGCAGGAGGCCUCGGAGAAUGCCGUGAGUGCUGUGUUCCAGUAUAUCAGUCACUAA